CGCCACUGGGUUAGGGUCUCCAUGACCGAGCUGGUCUCGGCAAAUGGCGCCCAUAUAUGAGGGCUCGAAUCCAGGUCGAAGGGUCACCGGAGCGAUGGAUAACUUGGAACUAAGCUGGGGGACACCUGAGUACUCUUACGCAGUCCCCAUGGUGAGUAAGAAGGGGAGCUCGGAAGCAUCAGGGUAACAAUGGGACACAUGUGGGCUCUGGUUUUAAGCUGGGGGACACCUGAGUACUCUUACGCAGUCCCUGUGGUGAGUAAGACGGGGAGCUCAGAAGCAUCAGGGUAACAAUGGGACACAUGUGGGCUCUGGUUCGUUCCACCUUGGAACCUUUUCACGCUAAUAAUAAGGAGGAAGGAGAGUAUAACAAAGUAACAGAAGAAAUUACAGAGCAGGUUUGUUUGCCAACUAAAGCUAAAGCGGCAAAGGAGGGAGAGGUUCAUCCCUACCCUUCUGCACCCCCUCCUUAUUUUGAAGAAAAAGAGUGGCCUGACCCUCCAGAUCUUUCUUUUCCAGAGGACAGUGGGUGAAAAGUAGUUGCUCCAGUGACUGUCCGAGCAGCACCUUGAGCGACCCCUCUCAGUUCUAUUAAGGUAGGAAUUCAGCAAGCUAGAUGAGAGGGUGAUUUAGAGGCUUGGCAGUUCCCUAUUAGAAUACACCCUGCAGAUCAACAGGGAAAUAUAGCCACAUUUGAGCCUUUUCCCUUUAAAUUACUUAAGGAGUUUAAACAGGCUAUCAAUCAAUAUGGACCAGGUUCUCAUUUUGUAAUGGGACUGUUAAAGAAUGUUGUUGUUUCCAGUCGGAUGAUUCCUACUGACUGGGACACUCUUACUCGAGCUUGUCUAACUCCUGCUCAGUUCUUACAAUGUAGAACUUGGUGGGCAGGUGAAGCUUCCAUUCAGACUGCUCGCAGCGCCCAGGCCCAACCUCAAAUUAAUAUAACUGCAGACCAGCUUUUGGGGGUCGGCGGCUGGGCUGGUUUAGAUGCACAAGUGGUCGUGCAGGAUGAUGCCAUAGAACAGCUUAGAGGAGUGUGCAUUAGAGCUCGGGAAAAAAUCACUUCAGGUGGAGAACAAUACCCUUCCUUUAGUGCAGUAAAACAGGGACCAAAAGAAACGUACACAGAUUUUAUAGCUCGGUUACAGGAGUCUCUUAAAAAGGUGAUCGCAGAUUUGGCUGCUCAGGGUAUAGUGCUGCAGUUAUCAGCUUUCGACAAUGCUAAUCCCGAUUGCCAGGCUGCUCUGCGACCUAUUAGAGGGAAAGCACACUUAGUUGAUUAUAUCAAGGCCUGUGACGGUAUCGGAGGUAAUAUGCAUAAAGCUACUUUGUUGGUACAGGCAAUGGCGGGACUGAGAGUGGAUAAAGGAAAUCAUUUGUUCCCUGGAGCUUGUUUUAACUGUGGGAAGCAUGGUCAUACUAAACAAGAACGUAGAAAAAAUCAGCGAGUGAGGCCGCCAGAUGGGGGAAGAAAGAAAACUGCUGAGCCUGAAAUAUGUCCAAAAUGUGAAAAAGGAAAACGUUGGGCUAAUCAGUGUCACUCUAAGUUUGAUAAAGAUGGGAACCCGAUUUUGGGAAACACCAUGAGGGGCCCGUCCUGGAUCCCGUUCCAAACCGGGGCAUUUCUGGCUCAGGCCAUUCCCUCACCCCUGUACAAUGUCUGUUCCCCGCCACAGCCGGUAGAGCUGCAGUAGAUUUAUGCUGCACAGUAGCUGUGAGACUUCUGCCUGGGGAACCCCCACCAAAGGUCCCAACAGGAGUCUGUGGACCCUUGCCACUGGGGACAAUAGGAUUACUUUUAGGAAGGUCUAGUUUAAGUUUAAAAGGAGUACAAAUACACAUAGGAGUCAUUGAUUCAGAUUACAAUGGGGAAACUCAAAUUGUUAUAUCUACUUCUGUUCCCUGGAAAACAGAGCCAAGAGAGCAUAUAGCACAGCUCCUGAUUGUGCCAUAUGUGGAAAUGGGGAAAAGUGAAACUAAACGAACAGGAGGAUUUGGAAGUACAAAUAUACAGAGCAAAGCAGCUUAUUGGGUGAAUCAAAUUACUGGUAAACAUCCUACCUGUGAAAUAACUAUUCAGGGAAAGAAAUUUAAGGUUUGGUAGAUGCAGGAGCAGACAUUUCAAUCAUUUCUCUACAGCACUGGCCAUCCGCGUGGCCAAUUCAACCUGCUCAAUUUAACAUAAUUGGAGUUGGUAAAGCCCCUGAAGUAUAUCAAAGUAGUUAUAUUUCCAUUGUGAAGGGCCCAAUGGACAACCUGGGACUAUUCAACCAAUUAUAACUUCUGUACCUAUAAAGGUAUGGGGAAGAGAUUUAUUACAACGAUGGGGAGCACAAGUUCUAAUUCCAGAGCAAUUAUAUAGCCCUCAAAGUCAACAUAUGAUACAUGAAAUGGGGUAUGUCCCUGGUAUGGGACUAGGAAAAAAUUUGCAAGGUUUGAAAGAACCACUUCAAGUGGAAAGACAGUUCCUGCCAAAGUUUAGGAUAUUAUUUUUGAUGGCGGCCAUUGUUAAGCUUCCAGAACCUAUACCUUUAAAAUGGUUAACAUAUAAGCCAAUCUGGCUAGAACAAUGGCCGCUGAGUAAAGAGAAACUGGAGGCUUUAGAGGACUUAGUUAAUGAACAAUUAGAAAAGGGACACAUAGCUCCAACAUUUUCCCCUUGUAAUUCUUCGGUUUUCUUAAUUAAGAAAAAAUCAGGUAAAUGGAGAAUGUUAACUGACUUAAGAGCCAUUAAUUCAGUUAUACAACCUACGGGGACAUUACAGCCAGGAUUGCCUUCUCCUGCUAUGAUUCCAAAAAAUUGGCCUUUAGUAGUCAUAGAUUUAAAAGACUGUUUCUUUACUAUCCCCUUAGCUGAGCAAGACUGAACGGUUUGCAUUUACAAUUCCUGCAGUAAACCUGCAGCCUGCUAAGCGUUUUCAUUGGAAAGUGUUGCCACAAGGCAUGUUAAACAGUCCAACGAUUUGCCAGACUUGUGUAGGGCAAGCAAUUGAACCUCCUCGUAAAACAUUUUCACUGUGUUACAUUAUUCAUUAUAUGAAUGAUAUACUUUGUGCUGCCCCUACUCAAGAAAUAUUACUCCAGUGUUAUGAUCACUUGCAAAAUUCAAUUUCUGGUGCUGGUUAAAUUAUAGCUCCUGACAAAAUUCAGAUUACUACUCCUUACUCCUACUUGGGAACCUUAGUAAAUGACACUACCAUUGUGCCACAGAAAGUAGCCAUAUGUAGGGAUCAAUUGAAAACAUUAAAUGACUUUCAAAAAUUACUAGGGGACAUUAACUGGAUACAACCUGCUCUAGGCAUUCCUACCUAUGCCAUGAGUAAUCUAUUUUCUAUCCUUAGAGGAGAUCCUAGUCUCACUAGCCCUUGGCUUCCUACCUAUGUCAUGAGUAAUCUGUUUUCUAUCCUUAGAGGAGAUCCUAGUCUCACCAGCCCUCGGUAAUUAACAAGAGAAGCUGAGGCAGAGCUGCAGCUAAUCGAAAAGCAAGUCCAUAAAGCCCAAAUCAAUAGAAUCGAUCCAGAGAAGACUCGAGCUGCAGCUGAUCUAAAAGCAAGUCCAUAAAGCCCAAAUAAAUAGAAACGAUCCAGAGAAGACUCGAGCUGCAGCUCAUCAAAAAGCAAGGCCAUAAAGCCCAAAUCAAUAGAAUUGAUGCAGAGAAGACUCAAGCUGCAGCUGAUCAAAAAGCAAGGCCAUAAAGCCCAAAUAAAUAGAAUCGAUCCAGAGAAGACUCGAGCUGCAGCUCAUUGAAAAGCAAGGCCAUAAAGCUCAAAUCAAUAGAAUCGAUCCAGAGAAGACUCGAGCUGCAGCUGAUCGAAAAGCAAGGCCAUAAAGCCCAAAUAAAUAGAAUAGAUCCAGAGAAGACUCGAGCUGCAGCUGAUCAAAAAGCAAGGCCAUAAAGCCCAAAUAAAUGGAAUAGAUCCAGAGAAGAUUCGAGCUGCAGCUGAUCGAAAAGCAAGGCCAUAAAGCCCAAAUCAAUAGAAUAGAUCCAGAGAGGACUCGAGCUGCAGCUGAUCUAAAAGCAAGUCCAUAAAGCCCAAAUAAAUAGAAUAGAUCCAGAGAAGACUCUAGAUUUGCUAAUUUUUCCAACUCCACAUUCAGCUACUGGUGUUAUUGUUCAAGAGCAAGAUCUUGUAGAAUGGCUUUUUCUUCCACAUACUAAUUCAUGGACUCUAACUCCUUAUUUGGACCAAAUUGCUACUAUGAUAGGAAAUGGGAGAACUCGGAUUGUUAAAUUACAUGGAUAUGAUCCUGAAAAAAUUGUCCCUCUCACGAAGGCACAAAUACAGCAAGAUUUUAUAAAUAGUCUUAUUUGGCAAACCCAUUUAGCUGACUUUGUGGGUAUUCUUGAUAAUCAUUUUCCUAAAAUGAAACUGUUUCAAUUUUUGAAAUUAACUAAUUGUAUUCUCCCUAAAAUAACUAAACCAAUUGAAGGUGCGGAGAAUGUUUUUACAGAUGGGUCUAGUAAUGGUAAAGCUUCUUACUCUGGCUCGAAAGGUUAAGUUUUCAGACACCCUAUGCUUCAGCUCAAAAAGCGGAGCUUGUAGCUGUAAUUGAGGUAUUGACUGCUUUUAAUAUGCCUAUUAAUGUGAUUUCUGAUUCUUCAUAUGUGGUUCAUUCGACACAAUUAAUUGAAAAUGCUGAGUUACAAUUGCAUACAGAUGAACAACUGAUGACUUUAUUUAUCCAAUUGCAAACAGCAGUUAGGAGUAGAAUGCACCCUUUUUACAUCACUCACAUUAAGGCUCAUACACCUCUUCCAGGACCUUUGACUGCAGAGAAUCAAAUGGCUGAUCGCCUAGUUGCUACUGCAGUAUCUAAUGCUGGACACUUUCACAAUUUAACCCGUGUUAAUGCCUCUGGUCUCAAACGCAGAUACAGCAGUACCCGGAAAGAAGCUAAAGCUAUUAUCCAGCGAUGCCCAACUUGCCAAAUGGUACAUUCCUCAUCUUUUACAGGAGGAGUUAAUCCUCGAGGAUUGGAACCUAAUUCUCAAGCUCUAGCUAAAUUUUUCUCUAUACGGAAUAUUAAACACAUUACUGAUAUCUCAUAUAAUUCUGAAGGACAAGCCAUAGUGGAAAGAAUGAAUCUCUCCCUGAAACAGCAGUUGCAGAAGCAAAAGGGGGAAAACAGGGACUACAGGACACCCCAUAAGCAAUUGAAUCGCAUUAUUAACUUUAAAUUUUUUGAGCCUGCCUAAAGGCCAGAUCUUAUCAGCAGCUGAACAGCAUCUACAGAAACCAGCUGCAAAGACAGAAGCAGAACAACUGGUUUGAUGGAGAGACCUGAUAACAGAAAGUUGGGAAAUAGGUAAAAUAAUAACUUGGGGUAGAGGUUAUGCUUAUGUUUCUCCAGGACCGAACCAUCAAGACACCUGAAACCUUAUGAGCUGACACUGAGGAAGAGAUUCCAGGAGGAUCCGGAGGACCCCUCCAGUUGCAGCCAUGUCAAGACUGAUGCUGAGGAGGACCCCAACUGUCAUGAGCAACACCCGUCGAACACAGCCACCCACCUGAGGAAGCAAAAGCUGACGCCUAGUUCCCAGCAUACCUACAGUAAACUCCAGGUCCGCUGCAUAGCACGUGUCUCAUCACAGUAAAACUAUGAAGGAACUCAGUGUACAAGGAACUUCUACAAGGUAGGCAGAAGACAGUAGCCAGAUGGGCCAAGGGCCCCAGCCACCCACGCCCCUCCCUCUCCUUGAAGACCUGCGGCUCCAACCCCACCAUCAGCAGGGCUCUGCUCAGCUCCUCCUAGUGUGUAUCACCACAGGGCUGCUGGCUCGUGUCACGUUCACCACCAGACCCCGCGUCAGGAGUCCCGCCAGGGGUGUGGGGAGGCAGCGCUGCCUGGUUGGCCGUGGAGCUGUAUGGAACAUGGUGCCUCACAGGCAGUCUGCUUGGAGUCCUGGACCCUGGCUGUAUCCCGCUGGAAAGGAUGUGUGUGGGUCUGAGAUGUUCAAUGCAAAAUCAUGCUGCCGUGUUCGUGUGGGAAGCGUGUUGCAAGAAGGUUGUGGGAAAAUCAGCAAGCUCUAUGGAGACCUAAAGCACCUGAAGACGUUCGACCGGGGAAUGGUCUGGAACACGGACCUGGUGGAGACCCUGGAGCUGCAGAACCUGAUGCUGUGUGCACUGCAGACCAUCUACGGAGCAGAGGCGUGGAAGGAGUCACAGGGCGCGCACGCCAGGGAAGACUACAAGGUGCGGAUUGAUGAGUACGAUUACUCCAAGCCCAUCCAGGGGCAACAGAAGAAGCCCUUUGAGGAGCACUGGAGGAAGCACACCCUGUCCUAUGUGGACGUCGGCACUGGGAAGGUCAGUGUGGAGCUCGUUCUCACCACAGCCCAGCACCCACACGGCCCCGCCCAGGUCUGCGGGCUGGCCUCGCUGAUGGUGAACGGGGAGGAGCAGGCCAGAUUUAAAUCAACUCCCGACAGAUUUGAGGCACCGCUGAAAAAGGCACUCCGACAGCAGUCGGGCUUCGGGCUGGAAACAGAAUCCAGUGCCUGCAGGUGGUUCAGAGGAGCCUUAAGGAAGGGUUGCUCCGUGGUGUGGGCCAGAUGGAAGUCACUGGGCAGGAGCAAGUGUCCAAGGCCUGGUGGCAGGGGAGGAGAUGAUUGUAGACCUAGCGAGAAAGUCAGCAUCUGUGGGGUGGGGACACAGCCACUACAAGAAACCAGUCCCACGUCAAGGGAGCCCAGAAGAGACACCUCCCCUCUCCUCCCAUGGGCUGGGCCAACUGGAAGCAUCUGCAGGGGAGCUGAGGGGAUGUGGUGCAGCCUUUAGCAUCCCCUGGGCACUGAGCAAGCAGAGAAGGGCAGAAAUGGAGGUGGGGUUGGGGUGAGCCGCGUCCUGGGAACAGCCAGCCAAGGGUGUGGUAGGGGGUUGCAGCCUUGUUCCACACAAGCACAGUUCACCCGUGUGGCAUUUCCGCUGGGCAUUAAGAUUCAGAAAUAAUGAAGAUAGAAAGCUUUUACCCUUAAACUUUUCAUAGCUUGUAAGAGUCGUAUAAUCACUUAGCUGUGUCUGUGGAAGUUACCUUUGGACUCUCACUAUCAUCUAGUGUGUCUGUGAUUCAGGCAGUAGGUCAUUUUCAGGAUUUAUCAUGAAGGCCAUUUCCUGAUAGUGUAUAGAAAUCACACUUCACUCGCUUAGCACAAGUCUAUUUUUAAUGUUUCCGGGUUCGGGUUUUUUGUUUUGUUUUUGUUUUUCUGAGAUAGAGUCUCAUCUCUGUUGCCCAGGCUGAAAUGUGGUGGCUCGAUCUCGUCUCACUGCAGCCUCAACCUCCCCCGGACUCAGGUGAUCCUCCCACCUCAGCCUCCCGGGCACAUGCCAGCAUGCCUGGCUAAUUUUCAUACGUUUUGUAGAGACGGGGUUUCUCCACGUUGCCCAGGCUAGUCUUGAACUCCUGCGCUCAAGUGAUCCACCUGUCUUGGCCUCCCCAACAGGCAUGAACCAACAUGCCCAGCCAGUUUCAGUGAUUUUUCAAGAAAUACAUACUCAUUUUAGAAAGUACAAAGAGAUUGAAAUAAGAGCUCACUAACCAGAGACGACCCAUUAUGGUUUAAAUUUCUUUGUAUAUGUGCCUGCCUACAUUUUCCUGUGUGUGCAUAUUUAAUACACAGCUUGAGUAUUCCUUCUCUGAAACCCUUGGGACCAGAAGCGUUUUGGAUUUCAGGCUUGUUCAGACUUUGGAAUAUUUGCGUUACACUUACUGUCUGAGCAUCCCUAAUCGGAAGAUCUGACUCCAUAGCACAUUUCUUUUGAAUGUCAUGCUGCUGCUCAGGAAGUUUCAGAUUUUAGAGAAUUUCAGAUUUUUGGAUUAGGGAUGUUCAACCUAUAUAAAUACUAAACUUUGAAGUAGAAAAACUGGAAGUAGAUGGUUUAAACAUAAAAUGUCUUGGUAUAGACGAGGGUUCUCCCACUUCUCAUGACGGGAGCAUUAUUGUAAAGCACUGAGAAUCUGGUACAGUGUCAUUUUCGUUGCUCUGUUCCACUCUACGAAUCUGCCGUCAUUUACAGUCCCCUUUUGCGCAUGUAGAUCAUUUUUGAAUUUGUUAUUGGAAAAUACUGCAGCAAAUACCUUUAAGUUCACAUGCCGUAAAUCUACUUUUAUAGUUAAAAUUUUUCAAAAGGAACACAAGAGAUGGCUUUUUCUACAUUUUUGUGCUUAACUUACCACUGACUCUUCUUUUCAUGGUCACCCUGGGAUAUAGACCCGUAAUCGACAAAACUUUGAACGAGGCUGACUGUGCCACCGUCCCCCCAGCCAUUCACUCCUACUGAUGAGACAAGAUGCGGUGAUGACAGAAUCAGCUUUUGUAAUGACGUAUAAUAGCUCCUGCAUGUGUCCAUGUCAUCACUGUCUUCAUACGCUUCUGCACUCCGGGGAAGAAGGAGUACAUUGAAGGGAGAUUGGCACCCAGUGGCCGGGGAGCUUGGCACUUACCUUUGUCCCUUGCUUCAUUCUUGUGAGAUGAUAAAACUGGGCACAGCUCUUAAAUAAAAUAUAAAUGAACAAA